CGGUGACCCCGGAAGAACCUGCCGGAUCCCUAGCGGAGGAAUCUGCUUCCGGGUCAGAGGUCUAGGCAGCGGGAUGGGGAAGAUGGCUGCAGCUGUGAGCUCCGUAGCGACGCUGGCGACGGAGCCUGGGGAGGACGCCUUCCGGAAACUCUUCCGCUUCUACCGGCAGAGCCGUCCCGGGACAGCAGACCUAAGAGGGGUCAUCGACUUCUCGACGGCCCACGCAGGCCGCAGCACGAGUCCUGGGACCCAAAAGGUGGUCAGAUCUCAGCUAAGUGUGUCCUCUGUCAGUGAGCACAAUGCACAUCGAGCAGGACUUAGGCCAGUCAGCAAGUGGCAAGCCUAUGGACUGGAAGGCUACCCUGGAUUUAUUUUUAUCCCAAACCCCUUCCUCCCAGGAUAUCAGUGGCACUGGGUGAAGCAGUGCCUUAAGUCCUACUCCCAGAAACCCAACGUGUGCAACCUGGACAAGCACAUGACUGAAGCCGAGCCCCGAGACCUGUGGGGACAGAGCAAAGGGCUGCUGAGGUGUAAAGAAUUGAAUAAACGGAGACCCCGAAGUUUACUAGAGAAACUGCGCUGGGUGACCUUAGGCUACCAUUAUAACUGGGAUAGUAAGAAAUACUCAGCAGAUCAUUAUACACCUUUCCCUUCUGACCUGGCUUUCCUCUCAGAGCAAGUAGCUGCUGCCUGUGGGUUUCAGGGCUUCCGAGCUGAAGCAGGCAUCCUGAAUUACUACCGCUUAGACUCCACACUGGGCAUCCAUGUAGACAGAUCUGAACUCGAUCACUCCAGACCCCUGCUGUCAUUCAGCUUCGGACAGUCUGCCAUCUUUCUCCUGGGUGGCCUCAAAAGAGAUGAGACUCCUACAGCCAUGUUUAUGCACAGCGGGGACAUUAUGGUAAUGUCAGGCUUCAGCCGCCUGUUGAACCAUGCUGUUCCUCGAGUCCUUCCAAAUCCCGAGGGAGAAGGCCUGCCUCACUGCCUGGAAACACCACUCCCAGCUGUCCUCCCCAAAGACGCCGUGGUAGAGCCGUGUUCUGUGGAGGAUUGGCAGGUGUGUGCCAGCUACUUGAGGACUGCUCGUGUUAACAUGACUGUGCGACAGGUCCUGGCCAAAGGCCAGGACUUCCCUUUGGAACCCAUGGAGGAUAAUAAAGGAGAUGUCACCACAGAAGAUUUCUGCCAUCUGGAUGACCAGGAUAACCAAGUAAAACGGGCCAGAUUAAACCUCGACAGCUAAGAUUUGGGGAUCCCCUUUUUUGACUCAGGCAGGUCUUCUCGCCCUGUGGACCCUCAGAACAACGUGAGCCCAAAACAGAUAGGGAGGAGUGCGUCAUGGUCACACCGUGCCUGGGGAGCCUGUCCUAGAGACUGAACUGGUGACACUUGGCUCAGAGAAGUGUUUGACACGGGCCUGUCCUGUCUGGGUCAUUGGAAUAGUGUGUGAUCGUUCCAAGGAGGCAGGACGCAGCCCUCUUAGCCUCUGCCGUUACAUCUGAGGGAGGUAGGUGGGCUUUUACGUGUGUGGGGUCUAAAUACCUCAGAUUUUAUGAACGGCAAAAUGAAUGUUACCACCCCAGCCCCUCACUGCCGCUGGCAACUUGUGGUAAAAUUGUGAUUCUAUGAAGCAGCCAUUAAAAUCAGCUCGCCAUCAUCAUCAGAUUCUUUUCUCCUUUCUUGCAUCUUCUGUGGCUCUACAGAUGAACUCUAUGCACAUGACGACAACAAAACUGGAAAUCUUGUUGCCUAGAAGAAAAUUAAUCACAGCCAUUAUUUUUGCCUAAAGAUAUGAAAACUGAAGAAAGAAAAAAAUAAAACUCCCUGUUGGCUUUUCAAUGCAGUUUUAAUUGUUGGACUAAAAAUGUCCACAGGGUGUCCUGUUACUGUUUUCUCCAUGAAUAAACUUACUUGGUUUUAAAUUAAA